GGAGACAUGAAGAAGCUGGUCGUCAACGCGGACGACUUCGGCUACUGUCCCGAGCGUAACCGCGGCAUCGUGGAGAGCUAUCUCCAUGGUGACGUCACGACUGCUUCACUGAUGGCCAACACCGACGCUGCAGAGGAUGCCAUAAAGCUUGCCGUGCUCCACGCCAUCCCCCUGGGUCUGCACUUGAAUCUGACAGAGGGGCGACCGGUCAGUAACCGUCUGCGAGCCGGGUCUAGCCUGGUGGAUGGGGACGGGUGGUUCCACGGAAAACUGGGUGUCAGGAAGACCGCCUACAGUGGAAGCCUGGACACUGCAGAGGUUGGGGAGGAGAUAGAGGCCCAGCUGAGAUGGUUUGCAGACCGGCUGGGAAAACCGCCGACACACAUAGACGGACACAACCACGUCCAUGUGCUGCCAGGUGUCCGUGAUGUAUUCGCAGCCGCGGCAGCUGCAGCAGGUGUCGGGUGGAUCAGGCUACCUGUCCAGUGUGACCUCCCGGCGUGCCCCUGGGUCAGCGAGGCGCAGCAGGACUUCUUUAAGGAGGUGGAGGAGGACUGCCGAGACGCCCAACAAGUCUUCUUACAGAACGGACUCAAGUUGACUGACUCAUUUGUCGGCCUGGCAACCAUGGGGUCAGACAUGUCUGUCCAGCGCGUCUGCGAUUCGCUACGCGCUGCCUACAAAUCAGCCAAUCAGGAAGCCUCGUCGCCCGGUAGGAGUCAUGUGACCUGCGAGAUCAUGGUGCAUCCUGGGUACCCGAGCAUGCUGGGAUGCGGCGGGUGCGGCCAGGGCCCGGACGAGUUCUCGUUGUCACAUGACCGUCACCACGAGAUGACGGUCCUCGGCGACGAACGUCUCAAGACAUUUUACAAGGAGGAAGGGAUUGAGCUAAGUUCCUUCACAGACCUUUAACUUCGCCGCGUGCCUGUGAAGCUGGUGUGUUA